AUCACGUGCCGCUGAGCAAUCAAUCGCCUUAUCAUCACAUGACAGGUCGGAACUUCGCGUAUACCGAGGCGUCCUCGAUCAUCACAUUUCUCCAGCCUGCAACCGCCUUCCAGAUACCCCUAUCAAACGCAUUAUAAUGGCAGAUACAACAAACGAGCCCGCCGCAGCUGCAGACCCCCAGCCUCCGGUCGUCACAUUCAAGAAGCGAGGCGCCAAAGCGAGCCAAAACAUCCGCAAAAGACCCGCGGCGCCCGCAAAACCGCAAAGCGACGAUUCUUCCGAUUUCUCCUCCUCCGAAGACGAGUCCGGCCACCGGAUAAAGCGCAGAAAGAACAAGGGCGCCGGCGUUGUCACCGCGUCAUCGGCGAACACCAAGCCCGUCAACCGGGAAUCCGCUGCAGCAAUCGCCACAGCCGAUCGCAAGGUCCAGAUCGCGGACACGAACGAUGCCACGAAACAUGUCGAGUGGUUUGAUGACGAUGUCAAGGAUGCAAGAUCGCUGAAGGCUCAGGCUGCAUCGAACGACGUACAGGUACCCGAUGGAACAUACAGGGGACUUGCGAACCAGACCUCUUUCAUUAAGAAGAACCCAAAUGCGCCGAAUAAGUCGUUCGGGCCGAUCAAGGGGGCGACGAAUAUUCGUACCAUCACGGUGACGGACUAUUCGCCCGAUGUGUGCAAAGAUUACAAGCAGACGGGAUUCUGUGGGUUUGGUGAUAAUUGUAAAUUCCUCCACGACAGAAGCGACUACAAACAGGGUUGGGAACUCGAUAAGGAGUGGGAGAAUGUCACGAAAGGCAAACAACUCAAGGGGACAGUGGUCGCGAGUGCCAACCGAACGAAGGUGGAGGAUAAAGACGAUGACGAGGAGUCUAUGCUAGAAGAUAUACCAUUUGCGUGUUUCAUCUGCAAGGGACCGUACAAGGAGCCAAUUGUUACGAAAUGUGGUCAUUACUUCUGCGAGCAAUGUGCGCUGCAAAGGUACAAGAAGGACCCGAGCUGUGCAGCUUGUGGGUCAGGGACGAACGGCUUAUUCAGUUCAGCGAAGAGGUUAAAAAAGCUGCUGGAGAGGAAGAGGGAGCUAGCGGAUAAGAGGAGGCAGGAAGCCCUUGAAGCGGGAGAGGAGGACCUCCUCGAGACCCCUGGGAUCGCCCGCCUCCCCCCGGCCCCCCCGGCCCUCCUCCUCCUGGUCCUAGAGAUCCCUGGGAUCGUCCGCCUCCUGGUCCCCCGGGCCCUCCUCCCCCGGGACCUCCUAGAGACCCCUGGGAUCGCCCUGGCCCCCCAGGCCCUCCUCCGCCAGGACCUCCUCGGGACCCUUGGGACCGUCCUGGCCCUCCGGGCCCCCUCCCCCGGGACCCCCCGGACCCUGGGAUCGUCCUCCCGGUCCCCCUGGACCCCCUCCUUUCAGGGACCCCCGCGACCCCUACGCUCCCGGUCCCCCGCCGCCGCCUGGCCCCCCUGA